CCGGCUAUGCUAAGGGUAUUAGCCCAACUUUAGCAUUAGCCUCUUGAAGCCCCGAGUGACAACAGAACUGAGCAAAAUGAUUUAGCCGAGACUAAACUAAACGAAUAUUGAUAAAGUAGCACCAGUCACCUCGACAGAAGACUGUUUGUGCUGAGUUAGAGUUGUUUAACAGGCAAGUAUUUCUUAUUUUUUAACUAUUUAUUUGUGUUACAGUGGAUCUGUCAAGGUAGCUUCAUUAACUUUGACCUCUACCACGCAAAAUUUCAAAAUAAGUGGUGAUGUCGCUAAUUUAUGCACACAAUUUGCGUUAAUUAAAGCAAGGUUCACAAAAUUAUGGCUAAUGUUUGUUGCCUUCCUAUAUAUUAUAAAUGUGCAUACGAACAAGUGUUUCAGUGAACUUAUGUGUGGGAUACUUUGAGUGCACUAAUGGCUCUUAUUUUGAAUACGCGUCGUGAGACCGGAAGUGAAAGUUCCGAAAUUCCGUGCAUUCCCCACCUCUGAUCCAAUUAGCCAUCUGGGGAUUUUUCCUUAGUUUAAAGUUCUCGUUUGGCCUCUAAAACAACACUAGGCGAAGUUGCCCCAUUCACACCGUGAAUGUUGCUUUUUUGUUUUGUAAUAAUUUAAUUUAUGGACUAAGGACUCUACCAGAGCUAAUAUUAACCGUCUUGCUGCUAAUAUAGGUGUAGCUUAGACCGAUGUAAAUCCAUCAACCAUUGGACUCGUGGUCCGGACACUUACAGAUCAGGCUUUAGAUGUGUCGGCAUCAGAGAUCUCAGUAUGAAGAAGUCGGUGAGGCCAGGGGUGAGUAAGGUGGGAGGAGAUCGAGGGAAGGCUGAAGCUACAUCCACCGCUGGCACAGGAAAACCUGCCACCAAGACCAGCACUAUAGCCCCUCUGUCUAAGGUGAAAAGCAAUGACGAUCUUCUAGCAGCUAUAGCUGGUGGAAGUCCUGCAUCAAGUAGUGCUGUCACCAAGACCAAAAGAGCAGUUGGCACCAGUGCUACUAGUUUAGACAACAACAAGUCAAAGACAACUUCAGGAACUUCACCUAAACGUACAACAUCAUCAACUUCCAAAGAGCCAAGUUCAACACGAGACCGCCUUCGUACUUCCAGAACAUCAGCCACAAAGAAGCAGCUGGUGUCUGGGUCUGGAGUGGGUGAUGUGGCUUCUGGGAAACGAUCACGCAACCAAGUCCUUACAGAGUCUGAGGGUCGUAUGAGCAAAUCCAAAUCAGACGGUCAGAUCAGUGAUAAAGUGGCUCUGGAGGUCAAAGUUAAAGACUUGUUAAGUUUGGCUAAAAGCAAAGAUGUGGAGAUCCUACACCUGCGCAGUGAGCUGAGGGACAUGAGGGCUCAGCUGGGUCUGCAGGGGAAAGAAGUCGAACCCCAGGAAGAAGUUGGUCAAGAAGAGAAGCCUCAUGUUUCAGCUAUCACAGCAGCAGAUGUGGAGUCCACUCUUAUUCUUCUACAGGAGCAGAACCAGGCCAUCAGAGAGGAGCUGAACCUUCUGAAGAGCGAGAACCGCAUGUUGAAGGACAGACUCAAUGCUCUAGGUUUCUCCCUGGAGCAGAGGUUGGACAGUUCUGAGAAGCUCUUUAACUAUAGUUCCCUUAGUCCAGACCUGGCAGCAUGCAGUGGACAGAGUGAUGGUGGAGGCACAGGUACACUGACCUCCUCUGUAGAAGGCUCUGCUCCUGGUUCUUUGGAGGAUCUUCUCACAGGACAACAACACGGCGGCUCUGCAGAUAACCUUGACAGUGAAUCCAGUGAGGUGUAUCAGGCUGUCACCUCCAGUGACGAUGCUUUGGAUGCUCCGUCCGGAGCCUCGUCGUCUUCAGAGUCAGAGUGUGCACCGAGCAGGGAGCGGUCACGUCGGGGCAGCAGUGGCAACACCAGUGAAGUGUCUGUUGCCUGUCUGACGGAGCGAAUCCACCAGAUGGAAGAGAACCAGCACAGCACUGCAGAGGAGCUCCAGGCAACACUGCAGGAACUUGCCGACUUGCAGCAAAUCACGCAGGAGCUGAACGGUGAGAAUGAGCGGCUUGGUGAGGAGAAGGUCAUCCUCAUGGACUCUCUCUGUCAGCAGAGUGACAAACUGGAGCUUUAUGGCCGCCAGAUUGAGUACCUUCGUUCCCUGCUAGAUGACCACCACAUUUCAUACGUCCUAGAAGAGGACAUCAAGAGUGGGCGCUACAUGGAGCUGGAGCAGCGCUAUGCAGACCUGGCAGAUAAUGCCCGCUUUGAGCGGGAACAACUCCUGGGAGUACAGCAACACCUGUCCAACACACUCAAGAUGGCAGAACAGGACAAUGCCGAGGCCCAGGAGAUGAUAGGAGCUCUAAAAGAGAGGAAUCACAAGAUGGAGCGCACCUUGGAGUCAGAGAGACAGGAUCGCUUAGCCAUGGCAGCAGCACUGGAUGAGUACAAGGUAGCGGUGAGCAACGACCAGGCGGAACUUAGCCGCUGCCGAGCCCAGUUGGACCAGGAGAGGCAGAGGGUGGCGGAGCUCUACUCUCUCCACACAGCGGGGGACAAAAAUGAUAUCUGCCAGCUGCUGGAAGGUGUUCGUCUGGGGAAGGAGGAGGCCGAGGCCAAGGCUGCAAAAAUGCAGGAGGAGCUAGAGCAGGCUCACGAUGAACUCAGCCGCCUACAGGAGACUUUCAAUAAGCUGGACAGAGAAUACAGGGAGUUUCAGGAACAGGUGCGUCAGCAGAUGUCCGAACAGGAGCGUACUUUAGAGAAACUGCGCAUGGAGCUGCAAGAGAAAGAGACUGAGAUCGCAGACAUGAAGGAGACCAUCUUCGAGCUAGAGGAUGAGGUGGAGCAGCACCGAGCUCUGAAACUCCACGACAACCUCAUCAUCACAGAUCUGGAGAACUCUGUGAAGAAGCUACAGGACAACAAGCAUGACAUGGAAAGAGAGAUUAAGAUUCUUCAUCGCAGACUGAGGGAGGAGUCGAUGGAGUGGCGUCAGUUUCAGGCUGACCUGCAGACGGCCGUAGUCAUUGCUAAUGACAUCAAGUCGGAAGCACAAGAGGAGAUUGGAGAUCUGCGGCGCCGGCUACAGGAAGCUCAGGAGAAGAAUGAGAAGCUGAGCAAAGAGCUGGAUGAGGUCAAGAGCCGCAAGCAGGAGGAGGAAAGAGGCCGAGUCUAUAACUACAUGAAUGCAGUGGAGAGAGACCUGGCUGCUCUCAGACAGGGGAUGGGUCUCAGUCGACGUUCUUCCACCUCCUCUGAACCUUCUCCCACUGUCAAAACACUCAUCAAGAGCUUUGAUAGUGCUUCACAAGGUCCAUCAACCACCAGUGCUGCUGUCACUCCAACAGCUACAGCUGCUCCACUCCCACGAACUCCGCUCAGCCCCAGCCCCAUGAAGACACCACCGGCUGCUGCAGUUUCACCCAUACAGAGACAUUCCUCCAUUUCUGGGUCCAUGUCUGCAGCUAAGCCUCUGUCCUCACUGAGUGAUAAGAGGCCCAGCUACACUGACAUCAGUAUGCCAGCUGAGCAUCUUCUCAGGGGCGGCUCAGCCAGCAGACCUCCAUCUGUUAUUCAAAGGGUCUCCAACAUGGAUUCCAGUAAGGCAAUCUCAGCAGUGUCCCGCAGGAGCAGUGAGGAGAUAAAGAGAGACAUGUCAGCUCCAGAUGUGGCCUCCUCAUCCUCCCUGAUGGGUAUCAGCGCAGCCUCAUCUCCACUCUCACUGUCCUCCUCACCUACUGCCUCUAUCACUCCCACAACUCGAAGUCGUCUGAGAGAGGAGAGAAAGGACCCGUUGUCAGCACUGGCGCGAGAGUACGGAGGAUCUAAAAGAAAUGCUUUGUUGAAGUGGUGUCAAAAAAAGACCGAGGGCUACCAGAACAUAGAUAUCACCAACUUCAGCAGCAGCUGGAACGACGGCCUGGCCUUCUGUGCCGUGCUGCACACAUACCUGCCUGCUCACAUUCCCUACCAGGAGCUCACCGGACAAGAGAAGAGGAGGAAUUUCACCUUAGCUUUCCAGGCCGCGGAGAGUGUGGGAAUCAAAUGCACUUUGGACAUUAAUGAGAUGGUGCACACAGAGAGACCAGACUGGCAGAGUGUCAUGACCUACGUCACUGCCAUCUACAAGUACUUUGAGACCUGACUGUCCAGCAUCACAUCCAUGCUGUGCGAACUCCUCCUCAGCCCUCGGCAAUCCUUCAACACCACUGCGUCUCACUGAACUUCGCCCCCAUGCUGCAGCAACAUGCUGCCGCAGUGCAUGCUGGUCCUUAGUAUUUAGUAAACAAAGAUAGACCAGAAGAGCUGCAGCAGCAGCAGCAGCAGCUUCUCCUCCACCCUCUGUCUGUAGCAUCACACUGUGUAGCAUCACAGUCCUAAACUAGGGCUUGCAUGCGUAUGUGUGUAUGGCUACUGUUAGAUUAAAAGGUCAACAGAAUUCACUUCACAAGUGAUGACACAGAGGGGAGGACACCUGGUUAGUGCCUUCUACCCUUGCUUUUCCGUUGGCUGAUUUUCCAUCACAUUUAACUCAGUUUCCCAUUAGUUGAAGGGAGAUUCCAGCAGAUCUGAUUAAAUCUCUGCAGGUCAGUUACGCAAAUAAGGUGUUUCCCCCUAUAUUUAAGCAGAAUAAGAUGGAAUUAGUUGGUAUUUCCCCCAUCAACCCUGACAAUUUCCUUUGAAUAUGAAUUAGCACAGGUCGUGACAGUGUGAUGCAGACGCCUCAGUGAAUGAAGUGCCUGAUUGGUCAUUGCCAAAUACGUUUCACAGUCUUUUCAUGUUUUCUUUUUUUUUUACUCUGGCAUCUGAAACCUCAAGGAGUUUCGAGCAGAGACAUACUCUACGUUACAUAUGCUACACACAUUUCAUUUGUUUUCUAGAAGAAGUAUUUAUAUUCAUUUAUUGCAUAUUUAAUGUUUCAUUAACACUUAAGUUUAUUAGGUUUGUCAUCUUUUGUUUUUCAUGAAAAAUUCGAUCAGAGCAUGUUUUGUACCAUGUUCUAGACGAAUCUGUCCCUGUCUGAAGGUCUGACAGUUACAUGUCUGUUUUGUUAGCAUAGCCAUUUACCAUACUACCAUUUAGGUGUCUGCCUUACCAGAGUGCAAUAAUGAGUAGGCUGCAUAUUUUUCAUGAGCAGGCAUAGAGGUGUUCAUGGUCAGGAGAUUUCAGUGAUUUUAUUUUUUGAGUAAAUAUUGCCUUUGUUGAUUAAAUACCUUCAGUUUUGAGCAGAGAAGCUUCACUUCAAAAGACGCCUUUAUUCUGAGGAGUCAUAGAUCUUUGUAGCUCCAUAAAGGAUUGCAUUUUUGAGGAGGGAUUUGAUUCAGGAGCAUUUGUAAGAACUGGACUUAGUGACUUCGGACUAAGUUCUCCGUCAGAUUAUUUAAAGUGUCAGUCAGAAAAGGUAGCACUUUUCACACUUCACUUCAUCCGCACAGCUGUUACUCUUGUACUGCUGCUCACACUAACUGUGCCUCAUGCUGAACCAAGAUGACUACAGUAUAUUUAUUAUUUGUAUGGUUUUUUUUGUCAUUGUAGUGAGGUCACUGCUUUGUUUCCUUGUGUGAAUGUGUGUGUGUGUGUGUGUGUUUGGAGUGAAUACAAAUGUAUUAUUUACAGUUAUGGUGACAAGAAGUAGCUGCACUGACAUAAGCUUUUUUUACUUUGUAUUCCUCACUAACGCUGUCUUAAUUGUCUGGUGUGUUCGAACUAGUCUCGGUGAAAAGGUGACACUGGACCUUCAACAGUUCUGUCUGGUGAAACUGUGACAUGUCCUUGGACUGUGCUGAUUUUUCUGCUCCAGGCAAAAGCGAGUGUGAAAGACUAAAAUAAGGUCCUCUUUUUUUUCCCCGUGCCUCUGGAGGAACUCGUGAACGAUCACCAAAAGUGGUCAUAAACUAUUUUGUGAUGUCGCUUGAACUUCCUCACGUGCCUGGUGGAGACGACUGCAGGAUUGUUUGGAUCUGGAACAGAUGGUGGUGCGAAGAGCAACAUCAAGAAUUUCUAUUUUUUUAUUACAUGCUAAGCCACAACAUCCACGGCGUCUCCAACCGCAUUAACAUCUGGUAAUUUAGCACAAGAAGCUGCGGCAGUGACACUGUGUGUGGAGCAAAGAGACAGACGGAGACGGUGAGAGUGAGUUAUUUAAUGCCCUUUAAAAGCCUCACCUCUCUGUGGACCAAUUCUGUGAGGCGUCUACGACGCUGAGGAUAGUCGGCCAACGCUGCUGGCCUCCCCAUGUUUUAUGGCCCCUGACAGAAAAAUCAGAAAUCUCCAGAAAGAUUUGAAGCCUCCUUAGAAGUGGGAAUGUUUUUGGUUUUAUUUCGGAUCACACUUUCCAUGUCCGUGCUGCAUAGAUGUGGUCCGAUUGAUGAAUGCUGAGCCACGGCCUGCUGAGAGGACACUAGGCUGAGGGCUCUGAAGAACAUUCCACCUCAACAUGAUGCACAGGCCUGACAUCAUCUGGGAUCUGAGAGUGUGUGUGGUUUCACCGUGAAAUGAAUGUGAACAUGUCCGUAAUGAUUUUGGUGGCUACAUGUCAUAGAACGCUACAUUAACUUCUCCUUAGUUUACUUGAAAGUGCUCUGAGAAUUUUACUGAACCUGCUUUAGUGACUUUUUGUUUCCACCAUGCCUGUUUUAUUAUUUCUUUAAAGGUUCACGCUACAAAAAAGUCUUGAUCACUUAUGGAAGGGCUAAAUGGUCCCACGGCAGAGUCGAUGCCAUGUGUGUAGGAGAGUGUGUUAAUGGGACUAAGCUACAGUAUUAAGUGCACACUAUGAUGAUAAUCAGUUGAUGAAAAUAAAGCUUUUCUGGAUUUA